UAGCUGCUUGAGCAGCAGCUUGAGCUUGCAGGUGCGUGGGCUGGAUGGCGGCGGGGAACAGGAGGGGGGGGUUUGCUGAUGCCUUGAGGCUUUCGCCAUCCCGUCCGACCCCACGCAGUGGCUCACAUGCAUGCCAGAACUUGGUCGAACGACACGGCACAUGACGAAAAAAAAUUGGCAGUAUUCAGUCUUGCGCUUCUGGUCUACCUAAUACUAAAUCGCAUAGACCACACGAGUUUAUCCCAGAGCGUGUCUCCUCACAUAUAAAAGAAGCCCUCGGGCAAUAUUGCCCCUCCAUCGAGUGAUGUCAUCGUCCGCGGCGGACCGUACGAGCUCACCAUCUGGCUCUCUAUAUGCCAUGUCUGACGAUUCGGAGAACGACUACGACACCAUAACGCACCUUGAAUCCGGUCGUGGUGUCAAGCUCCUAUACUCGAAAAGCAAGGUCUACAUCCACCCGACGCCCUCCGCCAAGGAUAACAUCCCUGGCUUCAUCGCUCUUCUGCAGCAGAAGGCUGUCCAGAAUGACCGUCCUACCUCUUCCAGCUCGAGAGCAUCCGUCUCUCCCGCCGCUUCAGACCUCCUGCUGGCCUGGGUCCCCGAAGCAAGCCUAGGAGAUGCCACCAGCAUCUACGUCAAAGUCGAUCUCACCGAGGGCGACUCGCCCCCCAAGCAGAGCUAUCUGGUCCCUCCCAUCCCGACCGUCACCACCCACCGCGGGUCCAUCGGCCACUAUGCCUUUGCGAUACCCGUCAGCGCCAUCUAUUCGCUGCUCGUACGACCACCCAGUCUAGGCUGGUGGUUUGGCAGCGUCGUCGUCAACACGCGGGCCGGCGAUAGCUUCCCAGCCUUGUUCUUCCAUGAUAGCGAGUGCCAAAGCACAAUCCUGCAGAAGAAGAAGCGGGCCAAGGAUAACUUCGAUCCCUUUGGCGAGCAUGGACAGAUGUUUUGGGGUGGCGACGAGGUGCUUAGAUGGCUCAAGAGAUAUAUCAAGGUUGAGCGCAGCGAGGCCGAACCAAACAUCUAUCUAGUCGAACCUAGCAAGGAGGAUAGCGAGGCAUUCGGCGGCAAGGUGACCAGUAGUUCGCCAUCGCAGAACGACCAAGGGGAUAGCUCAAGGGGUGCUGGUGGGCGAGGCGCGGCCGCUGGUCCGAGUGGUCAGCGUGGUGAUGGUCAAAUGGAUCCUCUAAUGAAGUUCGUCAAGGAGACCGGAUGGAACAUCAUGGAGAAGUUCAGCAAAGUCACGACAUUCACAAGGAGAACAGCCCAGGACGUGUUGGACAACCCAAAGGUGCCCCCACAACUACGCAGGUUAAUGCGAAACCCUGAAGUUCAGACCCUUCAGGAUGAGUUUGACAGCGCAAGGAUAUAUCUGGCGAGAUGGGCCAUGGGCAUGGCCGAGCAAAGCGACCGAGAUAGAAGCCAGAGAAUCUGGACCGCACGAGAUGUGUUGGAGCUGGAAGAUACCGAGGUUGGGGAGUUUGAGCUACUUGAGACCAGCACCCUGUCUCUGGAGGAGCGAAGGAAGCCCGUCACAUUCAAGGAGUGGAAUACGUUCUUCGACCCACGAACCGGCCGCCUCUCAGUCACGGUUGACGAGGUGAAGGAGCGCGUCUUCCACGGAGGCUUGAGUCCAGAAGAUGGGGUCCGGAAAGAGGCCUGGCUAUUCAUCCUGGGCGUCUACGAUUGGUACAGCACGUCAGAGGAGCGCAGAGCUCAGCUGGCUUCGUUACGGGACGAGUAUGUCAAGCUGAAGGGCGCGUGGUGGGAACGCCUGGUUGACCUCGGUGGCGCGGGCGACGAGGGUGAAUGGUGGAGAGAGCAAAGAAACCGUAUCGAGAAGGAUGUUCAUAGAACUGAUCGCACAGUACCCAUAUUCGCCGGGGAAGAUACACCUCAUCCUGAUCCGGACUCUCCCUUCGCAGAGGCGGGGACAAAUGUCCACAUGGAACAAAUGAAGGACAUGCUUCUGACUUACAACGAGUACAAUAAAGACCUUGGUUACGUUCAGGGCAUGUCAGACCUGCUAGCUCCCAUCUAUGCCGUAAUGCAAGACGACGCUCUCGCUUUCUGGGGCUUUCAACACUUCAUGGAGCGCAUGGAGCGCAACUUCCUGCGCGACCAGUCCGGCAUGCGUAAUCAGCUCCUGACCUUGGAUCACCUGGUCCAGUUCAUGGACCCCAAGCUGUAUCUCCACCUACAGUCGGCCGACAGCACCAACUUCUUCUUCUUCUUCCGCAUGCUUCUCGUUUGGUACAAGCGGGAGUUCCAAUGGAUGGACAUAUUGCACCUCUGGGAGGUCCUCUGGACCGACUAUCUGAGCAGCAGCUUCCAUCUAUUCAUCGCUCUUGCCAUCAUGGAGAAACACCGCGACGUAAUCAUGACGCAUCUGAAGCACUUUGACGAGGUGUUGAAAUACGUCAACGAGCUGUCAAACACGAUCGACCUCGAAUCCACCCUCAUCCGCGCGGAAGCACUCUUCCGCCGCUUCCAGCGCCGGGUCGAGGCUAUUGAUAAGAAGCAGAACUUCCCGAAGCCCCGGGCGCAGCGGACUAUCUCAUCCUCCUCCUCCUCAUCACAACCCUCCGCCCAAGAAGGCCAGAGCCAGAGCCAGGACGAGGCCCAGAACACCGGCAAGGCAAAGGAGCAAGAUGCGCCCAGGGUCAUUAGCCCGGAACUGCGCAAGCUCUUGAGCAGGGACGUUGAGGUGCUCGAAAGAAAGGUUGUGCAGAAGAGUGGCGACGGGUUCAAUGCUGGGAAAUAGGAGGCUCGGGAAAUCAGGGACAUUACUAGCGUUUUGAGUGUAACAAAACAUGGAUGGACGUAUCAUCGGGAAAAGGGCGCAACAAGGACGGCGUUAGGGAAAGCUAGCAUAUAUCAUAACACCCCACAAUUCAACUGAGAACAGACACAACUGUAUAAUUUCAGGUAGAUUUCGGUUUUUAUCCAUGUCCGCUCGCUCACAUGCUGUGCUAUAUACAUGUCUUGCAAAAGAAAAUGCAGUCUAUCGUCACGGGUCAUGGCAUCUCACAGC